AUGACAGAAAGUAUUUCAAGUGAGUUUUUUGAAAAAAAUCUCGAAAAAACGGAUCCAAACUGCUGGAGAUUGGAUGUAGAAGAAACAGGCCGACAACAAUGGAAAUAUCUGAGCAAAGAAGAAGCAAAAAAAAGGCCCCAGACAGCAUUGGAACUCUAUAGUCUUGGAAUAGAUACAGGAGCACCAGAGCUUCCAUUAGCAAAAACGCCGAUUGAAUCAGCAAAAAAUGGGUUUUUAUUUUAUCAGCGUCUGCAAACAGAGCAUGGAAACUGGGCAUGUGAGUAUGGAGGGCCUAUGUUCCUUCUUCCGGGUCUUGUUAUUGCAAUGUACAUUACAAAAAUACCAUUUCCAGAUGAAAUGAGAAUUGAGAUAAUUCGUUAUUUAGCAAAUCACGCAAAUAGUGAAGACGGUGGAUGGGGAAUACAUUCAGAAGGGAAAUCAACUGUAUUUGGGACUGCACUUAAUUAUGUAGUAUUACGUAUUCUUGGUCUUGGACCAGAUCAUCCCAUUACUCUUAAAGCAAGAGAGAAAUUAACACAGCUCGGUAUGAAUAUUCUGUUUUUGCAUAAUGAUAGAGAUAUAAUUAUGUCAGGCGGGGCCAUUGGAUGUCCUCAAUGGGGAAAAUUUUGGUUAGCAGUUUUAAACUGUUAUGAUUGGGAAGGUAUAAAUCCUAUCUUACCAGAAUUGUGGAUGCUUCCAGAAUGGAUGCCAAUUCAUCCAUCACGUUGGUGGGUUCAUACAAGAGCAGUGUACCUUCCAAUGGGAUUUAUUUAUGGCGAAAAGUUUACAGCAGAUCUUGAUCCAUUAAUAGAGUCCUUGCGUGAAGAAUUAUAUACACAACCUUAUUCUUCAAUUAAUUUUUCAAAACAUAAAAAUACUGUGUCACCUGCAGAUUCUUAUAUACAAUGUACUUCAUUUCUUCGUAUUAUUAAUUCAAUUAUGUCAUUUUAUCACAUGAUUAUUCGACCAUUCUGGAUUAAAAAAUUAGCAUCUAAGCACGCUUAUGAAUUGAUUCAAUAUGAAAAUAAAAAUACAGAUUUUCUUUGUAUUGGUCCUGUUAAUUUUAGUAUUCAUAUUUUAGCAGUUUAUUGGAAAGAAGGGCCAGAAAGUUAUGCAUUUAAACGUCAUAAAGAAAGAAUAGCAGAUUUUCUUUGGAUGUCUAAAGAUGGAAUGAUGAUGAAUGGUACUAAUGGUGUUCAACUUUGGGAUACCUCUUUUUCUGUACAAGCUCUUGUAGAAUCUGGACUAGCUGAAGAACCUGAAUUUAGAAAUUCAAUGACUAAAGCAUUAAUUUUCCUUGAUAAAUGCCAAAUACAAAAAGACUGUGAUGAUCAGAAAAAAUGUUAUAGACAUCGAAGAAAAGGCGCAUGGCCAUUUAGCACGAGGGAACAAGGAUAUACUGUUUCAGAUUGUACAGCAGAAGGGCUAAAAGCGGUAUUACUUUUACAAAAUUUGAAGUCAUUUCCUAAACAAAUACCAGUCAAUAGAUUAGAGGCUUCAGUAGACGUAAUAUUAUCUUUGCAAAAUGAAAAUGGGGGCUUUGCUUCUUAUGAAUUAAUACGGGGUCCAUCAUAUUUAGAAUAUAUUAAUCCUUCAGAAGUUUUUGGAAAUAUUAUGAUAGAAUAUCCAUAUUCAGAAUGCACAACAUCUGUAGUAACUAGUUUAUGUCACUUUAGAUCAAUAUAUCCUGAUUACCGUGGAUCAGAAAUUAACAAAAGUGUUAAAAAAGCUAUUCAGUUUAUUAAAGCAAGUCAACUGCCUGAUGGGAGUUGGUAUGGAAGCUGGGCUAUAUGUUUCACUUAUGCUACUAUGUUUUCUUUAGAGAGUUUAUCAUGUGUUCAAGAUUUCUAUGAAAAUAGUUUUCAUUCUAGAAAAGCUUGCGAUUUUUUACUUAGCAAACAAGAAAGUGAUGGAGGAUGGUCCGAGAGUUAUAAAUCAUGUACACAGGGUGUAUGGAUUAAACAUCAGAACGGUAGCCAAGUGGUACAAACUGCAUGGGCUUGUAUUGGACUUAUGUAUGCAAAUUACCCUGAUGAAACGCCUAUCAAGAGAGGCAUUAAGUUAAUCAUGUCAAGACAACAACGGAAUGGUGAAUGGAAACAAGAAGCAAUUGAAGGUGUUUUUAAUAAAAAUUGUAUGAUCAGGUUUAGACAUGAAUAUUUAUUCCAUUCAUCCUAA